AUGAUUCCUAUAGACAACUUCUUCCACGACUUAGUCUGUCAAAUCAUCACUAAGAACAAACAGAAACUAAAUGUCGGUGUGAAUAAAUCAAAGGAGUUUAAAGAAUCUGAUGACUUUCUCAAUAGAAAAUAUUUAGGAUUUUAUGGCUUGACACCAAAAAAAAUAAGAUUUUAUGGCUUGUUGAAAAGCUUCUUUAAAAUUUCGAAUCAGUCAAACGAUUUAACAAUCAUUGGAAAUGGAAGUUUUUUUUCGAUAUCCUUUUUACCAACGCAUUUCUCAUUUGAUGUGUCGUCAGUUUAUGCUCGUAUUUAGUUUCUUUAUUGAAUAAUUUCGCGUUACACGUGGAUAAGUUUCAUUAUUUUCUGAUCAUUUCUGACUAAUCAAUUGUUGACAAGAAACAUUCUGAAUAAAGGUAAACUUGUGCCACUAAAAAAUGU